AUGAUUAAGGCUAUGAUUGAAUAAUUAUUGACUGAUAUAGGUGUUGAGAAUGAAGAAUAAUUGGGAAAUGCUUCGAAAUAGGAUUAAAAAAUAAAAAUCAUAAAAAGUAGUUUGAGUAAUUGUUGA